UCUCCUCCGGCUAUUCCUGUCAGGAUGGAUUUACGGCUUUAAAAGGACUCGGGAGAGGGGGAGGAAGGAGAAGGAAAAGAUCUCCGGGAGCCAGAGCUCGCAGCGCAGCCCGGCGAAACGCGCGGCGAGGAAGGAGAAGGAAAAUCGCCUCCAGGAGCCGGAGCUCGCAGCGCUGCCCGGAGAAACGCGCGGCGAGGAGCGGCCGGAGAUCCCGAGGAUGGCARAGGGAUCACCCCGUGAUCGGGGGCAGCCGGGCUGUGAGUGAUCCCGAGUUUCCGUCCUCAUUCGCAGAGCCCGGCUGGGGUUUGGGGAAUCUCGCUCCAGGACCAGGCUUUGCCAUGUUGGCCAAGGCGCUGCUUUCCCUCGGGCUGUGGCUGCGCUUCGCGGCGGGACAGGACGCACCUGAGCCAGGUCCCAUCUCCAACAGCGAGGGCGACCUCCUGUUCCUGCUGGACAGCUCUGCCAGUGUCUCCCACUAUGAAUUCUCCAGGGUCAAGGACUUUGUGUGGGACCUUUUGCAGCCUUUCACCUUUGGCCCCAGGGACGUCCAGACCAGCAUCAUCCACAUCAGCACCACUCCUACCAUGGAGUUCCCAUUUAACCAGUAUCUCACCAGCAGCACCCUGAGAAAAGCCAUUGGGGCCACACAGCAGUUGAUGGGUGACACCAACACCGGCAAAGCGCUGAGCUACGCCAAGGAAAAACUCUUCAGCCGGGAGGCUGGAGCCCGGCCAGACGUCCCCAAGGUGCUGGUGUGGGUGACAGAUGGAUUCUCCAGUGAUGACAUCUCAGAGCCCACACGGCUGCUGAAGGACAUGGGGGUGACGGUGUUCAUCGUCAGCACCGGCCGCGGGAACUUCAUGGAGCUGUCGGCCGCCGCCAGCCAGCCCUCGGAAAAACACCUGCACUUUGUGGACGUGGAUGACCUGCCCAUCAUCAGCCAGGAGCUGCGGGAUGGCAUCCUGGAUGUCAUCCGAGCCAACCGGCUCCAUGCCACAGAUGUCACCUCCAGCAGCUUCCGCCUGAUGUGGCCCAAACUCCUAUCCCAGGACAGUGGCUACUACACCCUGGAAUACACCCCAGCGGCUGAUGUGGCAAGGAAGAGGACCCAGCAGGUGUCUGGGGCUGUCACCAGCCUCGUGCUGAGCGAUCUCGAGCCAGAAACCACUUAUGARGUGGCCCUGAUCCCUGAAUCCAACGUGCACUACUUCCCACCCCAGACCACGAGGGUCACCACGCUGGCAGAGGAAAUCAGCCCAGUGCAGGUGCUCAUCUCCGAGUCUGGCCCACGCAGCUUCCACGUGAGCUGGGCUCCCCUGCUGGACAGCGUCCUCAGCUACCGGGUGCUGUACGGGCCUCUGCCGGGGAACGCGGUGACGGAGCUCCAGCUGGACGGGAGCCACAACAGCACCGUGGUGGAGCAGCUGGCACCCAACACCACCUACCUGGUGACAGUGACGGCCAUUUAUAAAUCUGGCAAGGAGAAAUCGCUGUCAGCCAAAGCCUGCACCCAGGAAGAGGGCUCCCGAGUGAGGCACCUCCGCUUYGAGGACGCGGGUCCCAACAGCCUGAGAGCGUCCUGGGACUCAGCCGACGGGGCGGUGCUGGGUUACCGGGUGCGGUGCCGGCGGCAGAGCGGCCUCUCCUCGGUGCUCAGCGUGUCCCCGGAGGUGCGCAGCGUUCUGCUGACCGAGCUGCCCUCGGGCACCACCAGCACCGUGUGUGUCAAGCCCGUGUACAGCGAGCAGCCCGGCAAGAGGCUCUGCCGCACGGUGCGCAGGCAGCCAGCCACAGAGGCCCAGGGAUACAAGCACAGACAGAGAGCGUGACAGAGCACAGCGAGCGGAUUCCCAGCACUGCAAGGGAUCUUCUUGGACACGGACUUGGACAAAAAGGAGGAGCCAGGGGAGGAAAUCCCUCAUCUCCCAGCCUGUGCUGUCCCCUGAGGUGUCCUGCUUGUCCAGCCCACAGCCUGUCCUCAGCYGAGCUCUCCCAAAGCUGAAAGGUUUGGCUUGGCUGGCUGCAACAACCAAUCUGACCUAAAAGAUGCCAAAUCUGUGCCCAUUUUAUCUAAAGAUGCCUGGCAAAUAACAAACAGAAGGCAGAGGGGUGAAUCCUCACUGUUGCUUGCUUGCUGCCUGUUCUCUAUUUAUGAAAGGUCGAUACAGUUUUGUUUUUGCAGCUCAUGAGCACGUUCAGGACUUUCAUCCGGGUUGCUCAGAGAAAGAUUCCACGUGGCCAAAUCCAUUCCUGCUGCCAACAGCUGCUGAAUCUGCAGUGUGAGGGAGCAGGGAGUUAAAAAAUCCUGGGAAUGUGCUUCCCCUGCAGGGCUCUCAGCCCUCAGCUGAGCUCAAGGAGCAGCAGAGUCCAGAAAAUUCAGACAGCAAGACCACCUAAAGCACUUAUUUUUAUUUCUAAUUCACACACCAGUGUGGUCCUGCCUGGAUCAUCACCACUGGAUUGCUCUGGCAUUCCUGCAACCCCUUUUCACCAAAUGGGAGUCUUGUUGUCUUAAUGGAGAUUAAUUAACYUGUGACUGAUUACAGGCAGUAAAUCUCCAGCACUAUCAUUCCUCUCACAGCACAUCUCUGGUGUCUUGUCUUGGGCUUCCACCCAGUGCUAAGCUUAAGCUACACUUAAAAAUCAAGGUUUUAAACACUUUAAAAAGAUMUUUUUAAGGGAGAAGAGUAAAUUUGGUGCUUUCCCUUUGAUCCCAGGCUUGAGCUUGCUGUCACUAAACUACUCUGGAUAGGGGAGCUGGUAAAAAAAAAAGGCAAAUUAAUUAUAAAUACCUUGUGACCAAGCAAAUGGUUUCAAA